UCAAUCGUGAAAGGUGACGGGUACUUUAAACUCUACCUUCGCAUGCACUGAGAGACUUGCUAAUACUAGUCUUGGUGUGUCGUGUAAAUGGAAUUCAACCGCUAACUCUACUUAACAAUGUACAUAAUUAUGUUCUUCCAACAUGUCGGGCGUAGCUUACUUGGAAAUUGAGAUAAUUUUGCCGAUCGAUACAAUAUGUGUCUGUAUUUUUUGUAGGUAGAAUGGAACUUGUUUAUAUUUUCUACACUAUUUAUUACACUAAUAUAUAUCAACAUGUACGCAAUUUAUCUACUAUAAACAAUCUCAUUAUUUUCUAUUUGUAAUCGUGGCAACUUUCAAUGGCUAAAGAAAUGCAAUAAAUUUACGAGUAGGUAUUGUUUUCAUGUAAUAUAUUUAUAAAUAUAUAUUUGAUAAAUAACAUGACAACACGGAGUCGUUGUUUGUAGGCUCAUACCUAGGUAGAUAUAAUAUUUAACUUCAUUUAAACACAGAGCAUUUAAAAUUGUUCACGUUCAUAUAUUUUAGCUUACGUAGGUAUUUUGUAUACCUACACUUCUACUUACUACACGUCUUUAUCUAUGUUUCUAAUUAUAUACCUAAAUACUACUGUCUACUUUUCAAAGAUCACUUGGCACUAAUUAGAUUUUAGUUUCAUCAAGGGUUUUUAAUUAAGAAAAUAUUAUGUCAAUCAAACAUAUAUUAAAUGAAAAUUUGAUUAAAUUGAACCCAAUAAUGAUAUCUUGAUGAGGUGCGCGUAUUUAAUACUCCAAAAACAUACUUCAUCAUUGCAUUAACAUCUCCAUGGUGUGAUUAGGUAGUUAGGUGGAAUAUUGUAGCUAAAUGUUUUUAAAUAUCGAGAAAACGGUAUUAUAACCAUCACAGUACCUGUUAUAGUCAUGUCAUUUAAAAACAGAAUUGACGGUUUAACUGCGCAGUGGGAGAUUAAACUGUAUGAUAAUUAGGUACAUCUGAAUGAGUAAAUUCCUAUGCUUCCUAAACAAUGUAUAUGUGAAUUAAUAAUAAUUAAUAUUUAUUAUUCUGCCCCGUAUAAUUAUUUAAAUUGUCCACUGCGCAGGUCGACCGCCACCUUUUAUUUGAUGUGACGUGACCUAAUUAGCGCAAUCAUACAGCCAUUCCUAUAAACAUAACAAACCAUACCAUAGUAAACAUAAUAUCGACAUUUCGUUUGAGAAAUUGUAUUAAUUUAAAGUAAAGUUACUCAACGUAACCGCCCGUGUCGGCAUUCGUAGAGCGGGGGUAGAUAAACGUGCAUCUAUGCAAAACACGGCAAUCGCGUUGCUGGAGACGGCGUCGGCCUUCGAGAGAGCCGUGCUGGAAUGUGAGCACCUGGAGGCGUCGGAGCACGGAGGGUUUCGGUGAGAGCGUUGGCACGGCAGCGGCAUGGAGGAGCGCGGCCCGCCCGACGUGCCGCUGAUCGUGACGCCGCCGGGCGCGGGCGCUGGGGCGGCGCUCACGACGUCGCGGCGCGUGCUCUCCGCGCGCGGCUCGCGCGACGACCCGCCGCCGACCUGGCGCUCCUCGGUGCGCGUGCGCGACACCAGUUUCCGCGGCUCCCGCAAAAGCGUCGUACGACUCGAACCGCCCUGUAAUGGCCUCAACGGGUUGCCCGCCAUCGGCAAGGAGGUCCUUUCACUGGGCGCGACGGGCGGCCACAAGGGAACGACGCAACCAUCCCACCCCUGCACUAUCCUCCACCAUUCUCCUUAUAAGGCCGCUUGGGAUUGGUUGAUCCUCAUACUGGUCAUCUACACCGCUAUAUUCACCCCCUACGUGGCCGCAUUUCAGCUAAAUGAGCCAGACUUCGACAAGCGCUCGCGCGGGUUUGGCCAGGAUCCCAUUGUUGUUAUUGAUAUGAUAGUUGACGUCACGUUCAUAAUAGAUAUCCUAAUCAACUUCCGCACGACGUACGUGAACGCCGCGGACGAGGUGGAGUCGGAUCCCGCCAAGAUCGCGAUGCACUACCUGCGCGGAUGGUUCCUCAUCGACCUGGUCGCCGCCAUUCCCUUCGACCUUCUUCUCUUCGGGACCGACACCGAUGAAACGACUACCCUCAUCGGUCUGUUGAAAACGGCUCGGUUGUUGCGCCUGGUACGAGUGGCGCGUAAGAUUGACCGAUACUCGGAAUACGGCACCGCUGUCCUCCUCCUUCUCAUGGCUACCUUUGUCCUUAUUGCGCACUGGCUCGCUUGUAUAUGGUACGCGAUCGGAAGCUGGGAGAGACCUCAACUGCCUGCCCCUAUUGGUUGGCUUGACGCUCUCGCUAACGAUGUACAGGCUACUUACGACAACUCCACGGGACCGACUCUGAGAUCUCGAUACAUCACAGCUUUAUACUUCACCUGUACUUCUUUGACGAGCGUCGGCUUCGGGAAUGUUGCGCCUAACACUGACCUGGAAAAAGGAUUUACGAUAUUUGUCAUGCUUGUAGGAUCAUUAAUGUACGCUAGCAUAUUCGGUAACGUAUCAGCAAUAAUCCAAAGGUUGUACUCCGGCACAGCGCGGUACCACACCCAAAUAUUAAGAGUCCGAGAAUUCAUCCGAUUCCAUCAGAUUACGAAUCCCCUAAGGCAAAGAUUAGAAGAAUAUUUCCAACAUGCAUGGAGUUAUACGAACGGCAUCGAUACGUCCAGCGUUUUAAAAGGAUUCCCUGAAUGUCUUCAAGCUGAUAUUUGUCUUCAUCUAAAUCGUAACUUGUUGGCAAGCUGUGCCGCUUUUGAUGGUGCUAGUCCUGGUUGUUUAAGAGCACUUUCUCUAAGAUUCAAAACAACCCACGCACCUCCCGGGGAAACGUUAGUACAUCGUGGUGAUGUACUUACGUCGUUAUUCUUUAUAUCUAGAGGUUCUAUCGAAAUUCUGAAGGACGACAUUGUUAUGGCCAUCUUAGGCAAGGACGACAUCUUCGGUGAGAACCCCUGUAUCCACGCCACGGUCGGGCGCAGCAACUGCCGCGUGCGCGCGCUCACGUACUGCGACCUUCACCGCGUGCACCGAGACGAUCUGCUCGACGUGCUCGACUUCUACCCCGAAUUCCGCGCUUCCUUCGUUAACAGUUUAGAGAUCACAUACAACAUGCGAGACGAAGAACUAGGCGGCAUUGAACCUCGCCGUAGAAUGCGCUACGAGAACCCGUGCGACGCGAGACUGCUACGGGAAGCCUACGCGCGGACUACGAGACGACCUCACACGGAGACCUUUGCCGACAAGGUGGACUCUCAGUGUAGCGAUGAAGACACAGAGUCGCCACCCAGCAGAGGUAUUCUAGAGUUUUCUGCAGACAAAGCGGGCCAAGACGUCACACCACUUAAUUUUAAUUUUAGUAAACAACGCUCCACUACGCUUAAUUCAAUUACAGGCAUGCUAGCGCAACUAAAACGGAGCUUCCCAGACCUCUACCACCAUAAAACUCACCAGCCGCUGCACAACAAAUACUCUCAAUCAACGCCCCAGACGUACCGCGGGCGGGCGGGCGUUCGGCGGCAGUCCUCCGCGGGCCCGCUGCACGACACGUCUCCGCUGACGGGCGGCGCGGGCGCGGGCGAGGCGGCGGUCAGCACGCCGGCGCACAGCGCCACGCUGCCCGUGUCCAGCCUCAGUACCAACCCCAGCUCGUACUACACCAACGCGUCUCCCAGCCCGCCCGCGCCCGCGCCGCCUGCGCCCGUGCACGUCUCGUGCGACGACAUCCUAGCGCCGCACGCGCCCAGCGCCGCCGGUCGGGCGUCCCGCUCUGCGCCGCACUCCGCCGUCAACCUGCACCAGGCCGGCCGCCCCACCGCGCUCGCCUUCACACAGGACAGAGUCCAGACCGCCGUGCAGGAUGCUCUAUCGCCCCAAUACCAAAAUGUGGGCGCGGCGGCGACCGCGGCUUCGGUGGCCACGAUCCUGUCGCGGCUGGAGGAGCUGAGCCGGCGCGUGGCCGCGCUGGAGAGCGGACUGACGGCCGACGUGCGCCGCAUCUUGCAGCUGCUGCAGGCGCGCGAGGCACCGCUCCACAACGCGCCGCCCACGCCGGCUGCGCACACGCCCGCCCAACCCUUGGCCAAGCCUUCGCUGUCUGUUCCUCACACCAAUGAGAACCAGUGGGAGUGGAACUGGAGCGCCGACCGCGGGCGCGGCGGGCGCGGGGAGCGCGCGGACCGCACGCCUGGGGUGCAGCGCUCGGCGUCGGAGCCGCACGCGCCCGUGCCGCCGGCGCUGCCGCCGCCGCCGCACUCGCACUCGUUCUACAGGUAGUGUGAGGCAGGCGAGACGAGCGCCCCCUGCUCCCGGCCAUCGACGCGCUCGCUCGCAGAGUCCGCCUCGUGUGGCUCGUGCGGCGGCUCGCCGGCCGCGCCCGAGCCGCCCGCGUCCACGCUCGCGCCCGCGCCGCGCGCGCGGUUCCACUUCUGCCGGCGGAUCACGCGCGCGCGCCCCGACGACGCGAGAACCUUCCUGUGACGCGCUGACCCCACGCGUGGACCAAUUUUGUACUUUCGUCGAUGCCGACACUGACACGUCCUCGCGGACCGCCGACGACGUCCGCUCGCAAGCGAGUCCAUUCGUAUAUUAAUUGCACAGAUUGUUGCCGUAGUAAGUAAAGCAAAUACUGAAGUGUCCAAGUUUGGGUCGAAUAAAAAUUGGCCUCGAUUUUGAAAAUUUUAUUCGCGAUAUUAUAAAACGAGUACGUCAUGUGCAUGUACUCGUGAGUACGAGUCCUUGAGUGUUUUGACACGUAAUAUUGUAUGGAUGCAUCGGGUUCUUUAAGUUUUACUCGUAGAUUAACUACGAACGUUAUUAAAUAUAAUAAAAAAUAUGAGAAAUUUAUAAAUAAAUCUCGUGUUUUGGUUGUUGUACUAAAGUCGACUCAGCCCGCGUGAGCGACUCCGUAGAUCUGACGAGAGCUCAGUGCAGACGUCAACCGCACAGAGCAAAAAGUUAUAAGACUGAGACACGAUGUAACGCCGGGAACUUUUCCAGAAGAGAGUAAACGAUAAACGCUUUCUACCCGUCCUUGCUCCUUGCCUUUACAUUGUAGCUAGUUAAUAUCUAACACUACUUUGAUCAAACAUUUUGGAAUGCUCCUUGUAGAAGCGCGUUUAUGAAAGUUUGCUUGUCGUUAUAAUAUUAUAGAUGUACGUAAAUACCACGUAAACUUCAGUGUUGCAUACCAUAUUAACAUUUAAAACAAACUAUUGUUAAUUUAUUUACCCAAACUUCGACUGACUAACGUCUAAUUUUAAAUAAAACAUUUUUCUGGUUUAUAAAUAUAAUAAUAACAUGUACAAGUACCUACUAAGGCACAGUUAUUCGAGUUUAUUUUAUAUUUACGUAAUAAUGUAUUAUAUUGACUUCCGCUCUGUUUAAUAGAAUAUUGCUCUUUGCAUUAUAUAUACCAAGUUGUUAAAGUUAACUAUACUUGCACGAUUUUCAACAAUGAAAUGUAUCAUCCUUAAUGCAAAAGUGUAACAAUAUUGUUUUAGAAGAACGAUGAAGUUGUUGAACUAAGCGCAACUUUUGUGAGAUUUUUUUUGUAUCUAAGAUUUAUUGCUAAAUUAUGGCUCAAUGAUUAUAAUAUGAUUAUCUUUAUAUUGUAUCAGUAGAUAAUAGUAAUGGGUAAGACAUCUCGCCAAUAUAAUAUCAUGUAAGCAAUAAUAAAAGUACACUAAUGUAAGAACCAACAGACUUCAUGAUUUUCAUAUAAUUACAUAUAUUUGAUGCUUGAUGUUUAAAUUUCAAUAAUGCAGCGUUAGCAUCAAAUAUACAUAGACAAAAUAUAAAUAAUAUAAUACCUACCUAUUAUACGAUAGUCUUAAUUAUUUUUAUGCUUAGGUACUGGAAAAUUUUAUAAUUUGUUAUUAAAUUAUAAUAAUAAUGCAAUAACCCAAACUAUUCUCUAAAUAAUUUAAUGAUUUUAAUAUAGGUACAUUCACACAGUCAGAUACGCUAGAUAUUUGUAUUGUGUAUAUAGGUAUAAAAAGUAGCAUAUCUACUAAAAUACUACACUACUCAUAAGGGAAGACAAAAACAGCAGAGUCAAAAUUGCGAAAGAUGCGAAUAAAUUCGGCAGGAUAAAAUACCUACCUUUUCAACAUGCAAUUUUCAUCAUUCGUAACUAAGGUUUAAAAAAUUCCAAACAGCUUUUACUUACAUUUAAAAUGAUUACUCAGACUUAAAAAAAUAUUUAAAGGGUUCGAGUUUACUAAUAGGUUGGGGAAAAAGUCUUUCCGCAUGUAGUAUGUACUUGUAAUAAAAUCUCUUUGGUUAUAUGGCUAUGGCCAUACUCGUAUGUAUCUGACUGAUUUUGGUAUCACUAAAAAGUUUUAAUUUUAAAGAGGACAAUUCUAAAUUCAAAUUAGGAAAAUGUGUGAUUUUCAUUUGUUUUUCUUAUUUUUACAGUGAGUGAAUCUAAUGAAUAAAUUCAAUACAUUUUAAAAUUUUACUACACAAAAAGGUAAAAAUGCAACACAAGCCGCGAAAAAAAAUUGUGAAGCUUAUGUGCCUAAUGCAGUAUCUGUGAGAGUAGAACAAAUUUGGUUUAAGCGUUUUCAAUUCGGAAAUAUUGAUAUCAAAGAUGCACGUCGCUCUGGUCGCCCUGUUACGUACAAAAUUGAUGCCAUUUUCAAGCUAUUUUUGAAAAAGUGGAGCAACAAUUUUUCAAUUUUACGUAUAGGUAAUGAAUUGCCGUAUUAGUAGUUAUGAUAUAGCUGGAGAACUGGGAAUUGACCACAAAACGGUUUUGGUGCAUUUGAAAUAAGCUGGGCACACAAUAAACCUCGAUAUUUGGGUGCCCCGUGAGCUUACUAAAAGAAACUUAAUGAACCGUGUACUCAUUUGAGAUUCUUUAUUACGACGAAAUGAAACCGAACAAGCAUUUAACUGGUGAUGGAAAGUGGAUCACGUGCGAAAAAGAUCGUGUUCAAAGGCCGGUCAGGCUUCACAGACUCUGACAGAGGCUGGCGAACUCGGGUUAACUCGCAACAAGGUGAUGUUGUCUAUGGGAUUGGAAGGGCAUUCAUUAUUCAUUAUGAAUUGUUACUGCCAGGCAAAACCAUCGUUUCUGACUGUAAUGCAAGAAACUGAUGAGAUUAAAGCAAAAAAUUGAGAAAAACGGCCAGAAUUAAUCAACGGAAGGGGUAUGGUUCUUUACGAUGAUAACAAGAGUUUGGCUAGUAGGUGUUAAUGCGUCUACCGUAUAGUCCCGACCUUGCACCUGCACAUUUUCACCUGUUUCGGUCUCUGCAGAAUUCCAUAGGCAGCAUUACGAGAUAACUGCCAAAACCACUAGUCGCAGUUUUUUGAUCAGAAGCUCCAAAUGUUUAUAGCAAUGUGAUCACGUCCCUACCAACAAGAUGGCAAAAACUUUAUAUGAAAAACCUUUUAAAUUUUUAUAUAAAAUGGUAAAAACCUUUUCCUCGACCUAAUAUACGCCCUUAACGCUAUAUUUGUUGCUAAUAUAAACUCGAACCUCUAUAGCCUGCGCUUCCGUUUUUUCGCUUCGGUAUAAAAACCUCCCGGGGGUUCUUCGGUAUAAAAACUUUAUACCCUUCGGCUAUAAAACUCAUAAUAUUUUAUAUUACCGUAAAAUAUCGUUUUGUUUUAUCGAAUUUUAUUUUUAUAAUGUAUAUAUAUAACGCUCAUGAACCAGGUAACUUGGCUUAGUCAACUUCGAAGUAAUAUGAUUUCUAUAUAUAACUUUUAAAUCCAACGUUAAAAGUUAUAGGUAGUACGUUACUAAUACCUAGAUGUUUCACUCAAUAUCGUUUAGUUUCUACAAAUCUUCUUCUUAAUCUUGGAUCUUGUAGUCAUUUAAUAUUUUCACUUAACUUGUGUUCCAAUUUUAAGUUCUGUAUAAAUGCAACGUGCUUCGACCAACUUAACACAAUUUGGGAUAAUUCAUGAGGGAUAUAUUUAGUUAUUAUGAGUGAGCAAAAUAUUAAAGUAUUUAAUAUAAGGCAGGUUGUGACGUUUCAAUAUAAUGAGCUACGUAGCUAUUUUUUACAUGAAAUCCAGGAUAAUUACCAAACAGCUUUGUCCAAUUUUAUAUAAAAAACGGCGGUAUUGCAAGUGGGCACAGAGCAAGUAAGAAUCAAUUGACUAAUAAAACAUAUUAUAAUUAUAUAAAAAGUUAAAUAUAUAUUACCAAAUUGCCAUUUAUGCUUUCGCAGAACUUAGACUAGAUAUAAACACUUAACGGAAUUCAAAAACCAAGAUUCACGUUAACGUUAGAACCCGCUUUUGCAUUAAACGCAGUUUAUUUGAAACUAAGGCUUACAAUUAUUAUUGUUUUCAGAUAAGCAAGGCAAAAUAAUUUGAACGUAGAUACCUAUUAAAUGCAAAUGUGAAGUAAUACUAAUGUGAAGGAACCGUAAAUUAAAUUUAUUUAAUGUCAACUAACCCACCUACUCGAAAAAUCAAAAAUAUGUAUAACCAAGUACCUAAUAUAGAGUUUAAUAUAGACAUAUUCGUAAGUCGGUCAAUUGCGAAAUGUAUAAUAACAACUAUCUCAUAAUAACUAUUUAAUAAAACAAAAUGUUUGUUGCUUUCUCUUGUUGGUGUGGAACGCCUUAUCAGGCUUGCUUUCGUAGUUGUAGUGUUUAAUAAUACAUAAUAUAGAUAACUAUUGUUACCGUAGUGCUUAUUUAUUGCAAAUGUUUACCAUUAUUAGGUACCAACAUUAUGUAGCUGCCUAUUUAGUUAAUAAGUACCUACAUAAUGAUACUAAUUGUCUUCGAGCCUUGAUUUAUUUAAUUUAUUACACUACUUUUCCUUAACUAGCUAGCUAUCAUUAACUUUACUUGGGAAUUUUUCUCUAGCUCGGGAGCUAGAGGCAGAAAGUGAGAGAUUUGAAUAGAAAAUUUUGGACUGCUGAUAUUUAAUUUUAAUAGUAGUUGAAAAAUUAGACUUGAUACACAUUUAGCCAGUUCAGCCAAAUCUCAAUCGUGCUGUCCCAACGUCGUGCAUCACCAAAAGUCACCAAAAAACGCCCUAGCUACUAUACUAAUACUAAUUUACCAACGUACUUUUCGAUUUAUGGUCUGAGAUCCGUCAUUAGAAAUAGUUAUCAUCAGUUGUUCAUUAGUGCUAUGAAAUAAAUGAUAGUUAUGUUUCAGUGACACAUUGCAAAUAGGUUGCCUAGUUAAAUUGCGGGCAAAGACAUUUUUCAUACAAAAUCUAGGAAACCGUCAACUAGAUAAAAGGCCAACCUAAUACAGUUAAAUUAAGCAUAAUGACAUUACCUGACUGUUUAUAUCUGGCAACUCCACAGUUCAAGUGUACAGACAACCUUUACUUCUCAAUGACUUUGGGUAUAUUCUAUUAAUUAGUAUUAAAUGCAUUUUUUUAUUUGACUUCCUUUCCUCAUUGGUUAAUUUUAAAAAGUUGCCUAGUUGUGCAACUCACUUGCAAUGUGCAAUAUGUGAAUAUUUUCAUCAUUUAUUUCUUAUCGCAAUUAAAUAACAGAUGAGUAUAUAUUUAUUAUGCCGGAUCUUGUAUUUUUUUAAUGUGUGCAAAAAUAAGCACCUACAUAACACCCACAACAAUAAAAUUAUUAAACAUGAGACUGUUAAAUUGAUUUAUUGGAAAUAUGAAAAUGAAUGUAUUUUAAGCAUUCACUGGUCUCUUAAUUGUUGUUUUUUUAAUUCCUAGUGAAUUAUACAGCUUUUAAUGGUCGAAAUAAAGCAAUUUAUUGAAAGCGUAUUCAAUUUUGAGGUGCUUAAAGCUGAAAACUUGUAUGGAAACUAAAGUAUUACAAAUGAGAUUUUUUCAUCCAUUUUAGGUGUUACAGCAUUAACACUCUUUUAAAAUUGGUCACGCUCACUCAGAAUAUUAUGCGAGGCAAAAGUUAUUAUCUUAUGUUACUAAAUAUUACAUUAAUUACUAUGCUAUAUGAUAGACAGGAAAAAUUGGCAUUGAAUAAAUAAUCAGGCAAUCUUUCCACCAGAAAUAUAGUAACAUGUGUUACGUGCACUGACCUACUCGUAUGUACUUGUACCUAGUGGUGACAAGGUCAGUCAUGGCAAAGAAUAUGUGUGAGAUCACCAAUGGGACCCCAUCGUUGACAUAGCUUAGCUCACCUUAUCUUUUUGCACCACGGCUUUACUAACAUUAAUUAUGAAUACAAAUAUUGAUGCUUUCAUUCAUACUCGUAUAUCCUCAUAUUUCUGGUGGCGAGGGAGUCUUAGGAUAUAGGUACACGAUAUUCAAAUAAAUUUGGUUUCCUCAUAUAAAAUAUUAGGUAGACGUAUGUACGUUUAAGAUAUGUGAUAGCAAUGUCACUGUAAAAUAUUCAUUUAAUCGUAAACUGUUUUUAAUUAAGAUCUUUAAUCUUAAGCUUAAGUGAACUUAUAAAAAGUUACUCGCUUUAUCAUUUUAAAAAUUGUUGCCUUGAAAUAAUUUUAGACACAAAAACUGGUUGUUUCAACUUAAAUCACACGAUAGGGUAUUACACGCUUAUGAAUACCACGAUAGAAGCAAUAAAUGUUUUGGAUAAGUGGGUGCAAGUUGCAUGAAUAGCGUCUGCUCUAGUAAACGAAACGAUCUUAGAAUAAUGUCCUAUUUAUCGAAGGACUCAACACUAUCGACUGUCGAAUCAUACCACGCGAAUGGCCAUAUGUCUGUAAACAAAAACCAUAAAAACCUUGCAGCAAAGUGCCGCCGUAGUACCGUAAAGUAACAUAAGGACACGGAGCCCAUGCCUUGGGUCGUCGACCUGACAAGAACCCUGGAAGGCUGGCACAAUACAAUGCUUACACUCAAUUCUUGUUUUUUUUAUUUAUUUAUACCAAUCUUAUCAGACAGUUUUUAUUUUUACCAUUUGAGACCCACUUGCUUGUAUGCUUAAGGACCCCGUCUCGUGUAUAUGGAGUAUACGGCCUUGGCGGCAAAACUCUAUCACGUAACUCUUGCUACGCACUACGAGUGGCCACGCUACGCUACGCUGCAACUCGCAGAGAGUUGAGUUCAUAUAAACUUUUUUUUGAGCAGGUAUUCAUUUAAUUUUCAAAAAUAAAUAAUAUUGAGUAAGAUGAUUUAAGGAGCGUAAUACCCUAUUGUAUUGUAAGUAAUAAUAUUAUAGAGUAUUUUAUUGAUAAGUUUAGUAUUUUAUAUGUUAAAAACGUUAGGUAAACGCGCAAAUUGUUAAGGCGUGCGUAAUGUUAAUUAGUAAUUUUGUCUGUGAUCGAAAAUUUAUAUUGUUAAGCUGAAAGUUAAGCGCACGUAAUAAUGUUAACAUUACUUAUUAGGUAUUUCGUUGUCCGUUCCCUAUUCGUGGCGAUGUUUAAUUUUAAUUUUGUUUAAUUUUAUUUAAAUUACAAUUAUUUAGAUAAGUUUAGUAUACCUACAUUUAUCGACCUAAGCCAGAAAUGUUACUUGAAACCGAAACAUUAUUUUGAAAUAUUUUGAAAUAACUUUCUUUCCGUUUUCGCUUGUGCUUAGACCUGCUGAGAUAAUAGGUAUAUAUAACUAGCUCCAAAAUGCAUUUUCAAAGUUCAAGCUACAUACAUCGCAUAACAGCAAAACAUUACGUAACAAAAUUGCUCAGCAUUUAAGGUACUGUUACACAUGCUCUAAAAUAGCAUGCUAAAAACGUGCUAUUAAGUAUGCACAACACGAGCAUCCUUAUCAUCAGUUUACAUUUGCUAGCAAUAAGUAUGCUAUUUUUAAGUAUGCUCUUAAAUAAACAUGCUCAAAGCAAACAUUCCAAUUACACAUGCUAAUUUGUAACUAUCGCUAUCAGUCUAUAGUAUCGUGUUAGACAGGAAGAGAUUAAGGUGAAGUGAAUACAGAAUAGCAAUUCUGAUCGACUAGCAUACUCAAUAAGCAAACCUGUACAGACGCGCUAAAAGCACGCCCCCUUCCACCCAUGCAGCAAGUAGCAUGCUCAUUAUUAACAAUGUUGCGAUACACAUGCUAAUAAGUAGCAACUGCUCAAUAGUAGCAUGCUUUUGUGCUUGAAAUGAGCAUGUGUAACAGUAGUUUUUCUAAAGUCCAUUUGGGCAAGUUUUGAUGCGUACGUAAUGUUAAUUAAAUUAUUGCCAUUUACUGAGUUAUUACCAAAAAUGUAACUGAAGCGAGAGUGCUUGUAUAGUGCAGGAGAAUCGACGAUCAUGCAAAUGAAUCCCGAAGGACUGGAGUUUCAAAUAAUUGAGGCAUCGAAAUUUUCCGAAAAAUCAGAUAAACAAUACUAAUCAAUUAAUGUUAUUAAGGUUUUGGUUCUCAUAGCAUAAUGCACCAACAAAACAUUCGCCUUUCUGCUUUAGAAUUCCGCCUGAAAAAUAAUUAGUGGCAAUUUGUUCCAUUACAUCCUGCCGGCUUUCACAGUCAGGAAUAAGAUACCUGCCUCUAUCUAUCUAGAAAUCCAUAAAAUCUAGGUUCCGACUUACCUAGAUACUACACGACAUUUGAUAAGUAACUGCUCACUUCGAACUUUAUAGAGCGUGUGUAUACGUAUUAUUAUUUAAGCCAGAAAAUUUAUAUAAGCAAGAAUAUUUAUGUGACCUCAUAAAAAACAUAUUUGAAUUAAAAGUAAAACGUCAGUUACCGCUAACAACUACGAGCAAAAGCUUAAAUUAUUUUUCUUAAGAGCGAAAUCAUUUAUAAAAUAUGAUUGUUGUCCCUUAUUUUUGUUACGUCCCUAACAAGUGCUUAAAGUUUAAUGUUAUCCAAAAAAAUGAGAGAGAUAUAUAUUAUUUUAUAUUUAUUUAUUAUUCUAUAAAAUACAUAAUGAAAUUAAGCCUAACCAUAAUGCAACACAAACCACAGUUGGUUUUACUGUGCACUGGCUAAUAUAAUGACUUAUACAAUAUUAAAAGCUAAAAAACGAUUCGUUUUAUGAAGGUAUAUAAUUAUAUAUAUAUAAAAACGAAAUUCCUAUUUGUCUGGUAUUAUCGAAUUAGGCAAUACCUAAAGAGCUUUUACAUACAAUCCACUGCUAAUUGCUAUAUAGAUUCUAUAGUAUAGGCCAUCUGGAAAAACGAUAAUAUUUAACUAUUUGAUUAUGUUGACAUCAUUAGAUUAUCGUUUUUAGUAAACUAUUUUGCGACCAAUUUAUGGUACGGAACGUUCUGCUCGCGAGUCGCUCUCGCAUUUGGCUGGUUUUUCAUCUUGGAACUAUUCCGUCCAUUUACCUAUUAAUUUCAUGAGGACAGAUUGGUUUACUUAGUGACGUUACAUGAGAAUUAAUCCCCAUCGAUUACAUGGACAUAUUAUUGUAGUUAAAUUACAUCCUCCUAUAUUCAAUAAUAUUGAUCGUGAGGUAUGUGAUCUGAUGUUAUCUUUAGGCUUAGCAUAUUUAGAGCUUCACGCAAACACAUCGAAUUUGGACAUACCUACGGCAAAAAUCACGUUUUUUUUGCUGUUUUAAGUUGGGUGCAUGUACCAAUGACGUACCACUAUAAAUUACCUAAAACAAUUCUAACUACUAACUAUUAUAAUUUCUUUGCGGGUAAUGCUACAUGACUGGCAUUGACAUUGAACUUCUGAUUCCCAUAAAACGGUAACAAGGUAUAUUUUAGUCGGUUAAAAAUAUAUCUACAUAAGUUGUAUAAAACCUCGCAGAGCAUUGAUGUACGAGUAUAGGUUCUUGCAGAGCCCUAAAAAUGUCACUUAAGAAAAUGUGGCAAAGAGCCAGAUAAACUAAAUGUACACAUCAUUUUGCUCCUCUGUGGUACUUACUGAAGUAAAAAAAAUAUUGCUAAUGCUAAAUAUAAGUUCUGAAUCACGUUUACGUUUUAAUUGCAUACAGCUUUUGCCAAAGCUUUGCCCGCUUGUAUUUAUUGUAAUUCGGGUCUAGUGUACCUACUAAAAUAUCGGUAAUGCCUAUUACAUGGUGUUCAAUAAGUAAUGAGAAUGAUAUAUAUACUUCUUGGAAAGAAAAAAUAUAAAUACUGGCAAACAUAGUUCAGAUAUCUACAAUACUAAUAAAGCAAAAAAAACGAUUCUAUUUUGUUUUUUCUGAAUGUCGUCAUUCGUUUGCUUUGUGUCAAAACGUGUUCACGAAAAUUGAGAAAAUUGAAGUUAGCUCGGUAAUUAAAUAUCUCUGCAUGAAAAUGUGUCUCUGCAAGUGUGGAUUUUCAUCCUCCUCCUAACAAGUUAGCCCGCUUCCAUCUUAGAUUACAUCAUCACUUACCAUCAGGUGACAUUGUAGUUAAGGGCUAACUUGUAAAGCUUAUAAAAAAUAAAAUGCUGUACGUUGGUGUGCUGAGCUUAAGCGAAGAACAACUCCCACCAAUGACGACCCGCGUUCGGGACGCCCUACGCCAGCCGUAACAAAUGGUUAAAAAUGUUGGAAAAUUUAUUUUAUCCGAUCAUCGUGAUACCGUUCUAUUUAUGUUUAGAAAAAAGAAAUUUUAUGUUUAGAAAAAAGAUAUGCCAAGUGUGUACCUACUCCUAAAAGGUGACUAUAUGUUGAAAAUAAAAUCUUAGUCGUUCUCACUACUUAAUGAACACCGUAGUAUAUCACCGUUUUCAACGGGUCAAACGGGUUUUAACAAACUCGCGUUGCAAGUCUACCUAAGUCCGACAAAUUGUAGGUAAGCUUUUUAACUUAGAAAGUUGCAUCUAAAUCGGUUUAAUACACUUAGCUCGAUGCGUAUGCUACGGUAUAGGUACGGGUACUGUGUGUUUACAGCCGGACAAUUAUAUGAGUUUACAAUUUUAUGAUAGUGCCUACUUAAUUAAUUUGAAGGUUAGAGAUAAAUCAGAAGCUUCAAAGUUUGAAUAUUCAAUCUUACGGAACAAAAUAUUCUACCAAAGGUAUCUAUAACUACAUAAGUAGGCGCAUGUAGGUCCAAACUCCAUAAUUGCCUACUGUAUAAUGUACUGUAGAUCCUCAAUCAUCAAAGUGUAAUAAAAUACUUUGUUAGUAGCGGUUAACGCUCAGAAGAUUGAAUAAGAAUCUUUGGAGCUUUUGAGUUUACCAUAAUUAUGUACCAACCUAAUAAAUAAGUACCUAAUUGUUUAAUAUCAUAAAUAUCACAUUUCCAUAAAAACCGCUAAUGUAUCCUGUUAUACCUUGUGUAUAUAUUUUUAUUGUUAUGCAAUAAUAACUGUUAAGUCGACCUAGGUGGUGCGAGGCGAGAAAAUUAAUUUUAUAACACUAGCUCGUGGAUCACGCUCGCGCCCCCUAGGUUUAACACUAGUUAAGUUUUCUAUAAUAAUAAUAAUAAUCAAUUUAAUAAGCACACUAUUAUUUGUUUAUAAAUUGUACGAGUAACACUUUUGCUUGCUUUCGAAUCAUAUACCUACACUUGGAAAUAGCUCUACGGGGACAGUUAUCUAUGUCGCAUUAUAAUUAACAUAAUAAGGCCCAGUAGUUCACACUGUAGGCCUAUCUGGCUUCAGAUCUUGAAUUCCUAGGUUCGAGCCCUGGAUCGGUCGUUGAAAUGUUGAGCUUUCGUGAUAGGGAGAGAGAGAGAGAGGUAUGUAAGGGUUUAUUUUUAUUAUUAUUAUUCGAGUAUAUACUCACAUAAUAGCAUACCUACUAGAAGUGUGAUUACUCCUCGGAACUAAAACACUUCCAAGUACCUACUGUAAUUACAGUUUUAAAAGAUUAAAUUGCGUCUAUUACAGAUAUGUUGCAAAAAUUGUUUUCUUUGUAUAAAAAUGAUAAUUUCGCAAAUAUCAAUGAUCUUUCUAGACGUUAAAGUCUAUUUUUAUAUUUUACUAACAGACGCCCCGCACUCGCGUAGUUCCCGUUCCCGUAAGAAUGCCUAAAAGAAUUUUUAAAAUCGGUUCUGUAGAUGCAGAGAUUACCCCCAACAAUACCUUUAAUUUUACCUUAUAAUAUUAGUCUAAUUAAGAAUAGCCGAUAUUUUAUAGAAAGUUCUCUAUUUCUAAGCCUCAACAACUUACCCAGAAAUUAUUUUUAAGUGGGCAUGAACUCAAACAAGCCGGAUUUAAUUCAAAAUAUAAUUGCAUAAGUAACUUCCCCGUCUGAGAGAAGUCUAACUAAUUAUUUAAUAAGAACUUUAACUUACUCGUAAUCAUAUCUGCAACGAGUAAAUGAUAUUACAAACUGUGAUUCCAGUAGCUUGUUGAUUUAAUUUAUUUAUUGGUUUUUAAUAAUUUUAUACAAUCCAACUUUGCUUUAAAAUUAGAUAGCUUUUGUUCAGUACCAUGAAAUAAAUUGUACAAUGCUGUAUUGUGUGUACUGACGUCAUUGUAACUAAACUGAGCACAUUAGCCAUAUUAUAGUCGAUGAUAUUUUGAACAGCGCAAAAAUAAUAAUGAUCGCUGACGUAAUUAAGUUCAGAAAAAAAUAAAAAUAUCACGCACAGGCGAUA